UGGUGAGGUUGACGGUCGUCGUGAGCUGAACAAACCCAAACCAGGAGAUGGAGGUUCGACUGGGAUUCCGGAUCUCGUUGCUCUGGUUCAUUCUGGCCUCGACUCUGUCCAGUAAGAAGGUGGAAGCUCAGAGAGCAGGCUGUAAGAACGUCCACUACGACCUGGCCUUCAUCCUGGACACAUCGUCCAGCGUGGGGAAGGAGAACUUUGAUAAGAUCCGUCAGUGGGUUUCCAACCUGGUGGACUCGUUCGACGUGGCGCCGGACAAGACGCGCGUAGCGGUGGUUCGUUACAGCGACCGGCCGACCAUCGAGUUCAACCUGGAGCGCUACCGCACGCUGGAGGACGUGAAGGCGGCGGCGCGGAACAUCCGCUACCUGGGCGGCAACACGAUGACGGGCGACGCCAUCGCCUACACGGCCACCAACAUCUUCACGGAGCGGAACGGCGCUAGGCCGGUGGCGCGGGGCAUCCAGCGCGUGGCCAUCCUGCUGACGGACGGACGCAGCCAGGACUACGUACUGGAGCCUUCCAAAGCCGCCGCCGCCGCUAAGAUCCGCAUGUUCGCCGUCGGCAUCGGCGAGGCGUUGAAGGAGGAGCUGGACGAGAUCGGGGCUGAGCCCAAGAACGCUCACGUCUUCCACGUCACCGACUUCGACGCCAUCGACAGGAUCCGGGGCCGGCUGAGGAGGAGGCUUUGUGAGAACGUCUUGUGUCCAGAGAUGAAGGUUGAACCCGAUCGAUUCCAGGCCAACAGCAGCAUCCACGGCCUGCAGCAGGUUCCAGGGUUCGACCUGAUGGAUCACUUCAGCGUGAAGGACAUUCUGGGAACUCGACUGGACGACGGUCAGAGUUCCUACGUUCGUCUGGGAACCAUGCCCAUCGUGCAGCAAACAGAACACGUGUUUCCUCAGGGUUUACCGGACGAAUACGCCUUCGUGACGACGUUCAAGUUCAGGAAAACGUCCAGACGGGAGGAUUGGUAUCUCUGGCAGAUCUACGACAAAUACGGGAUUCCACAGGUGUCCAUCCGUCUGGACGGGGAGAACAAGGCGGUGGAGUACAACGCCGUGGGCCUCACCCAGGACGCCGUCAGGGCCGUGUUCAAGAGUCCCGAGGUCGACAACCUGUUCGACCGAUCCUGGCACAAGAUCGCGCUGAGCGUCGGGGCCAAGUCGGUGUCGCUGUACCUGGACUGCAAACUCAUCGCUACCAAAACCAUCGGGGAACGGGAGGACAUCGACGUCCAGGGGAAGACGGUGAUCGGGAAGAGGCUGUACGACAGCGUCCCCAUCGACUUUGACCUCCAGAGGAUGAUGAUUUACUGUGAUUCCAAACAUGCAGAGCUGGAAGCUUGCUGCGAUAUCCCUGGUGGACCGUGUCCUUUCAAAGUGGUGACGGAGGCCCCCGUUCCGAUUCCGACCUCCACCCCGACUCCAGCAGCCGUGGAGCAGCAGAGAGGAAAACACACCAACUGUUCCUGCCCCGCUGGGGAGAAGGGAGAUCUCGGUGGUCCGGGAGUCGCGGGGCCAAAGGGUGAAAAGGGUAACGUUGGCUCUAAAGGUUCCCUCGGACCGCGAGGCGUCAAAGGAGAAAGAGGGGAUUCUGGCAAGUUAGGCUCUGUCAAAGGCGACAGAGGCGAGAAGGGUGAUAGCGGCAGCAUAGGCUUGCCCGGUGCUCCGGGACCGAGCGGAGAGAAGGGUGUUGGUGGAAUUCCUGGUAUCGAUGGCUUAUCUGGAGACAAAGGAGAUCCGGGAGCAGGAGGCGUCGCUGGAGCUCCGGGAGUACGAGGUCAGGCGGGACUAAAGGGAAUCCAAGGAGACGUGGGAGUUCCCGGAGCGCCCGGACCAAAAGGAGUUAGCGGGGAUUCUGGUGAAAAAGGUGCAAAGGGAGCUCCAGGAACCAGGGGCGAGGAAGGUCUGGAGGGAAUUCCAGGAAAACCCGGAGUUCCUGGGAAAGAAGGAGCCCGGGGUCUGGUUGGAGCCAGCGGGCCCAGCGGAUUCAAAGGAGACAAGGGCGAGCAAGGACUUCCUGGAUUACCUGGAGAUGCGGCUCAAUGGGCAGGCGUUCGCGGUGACAAGGGUGAGGGUGGACUCCCUGGACCUCCUGGAAGAGACGGAGCUCCUGGACCUCCGGGAACUCCUGGGAUGCAAGGACUUCCAGGGGAGAUGGGAGAGAACGGCCAACGGGGGAAGAAAGGUGAAAGUGGACUCCCUGGAGUGGACGGCCUUCCUGGACCUCAAGGUCCCCAGGGCCCCCCGGGGCAGCAGGGCCUGCCGGGACCGAUCGGACAGUCGGGUCUUCCUGGAGAACUUGGGUUUCCAGGAAAGAUGGGGGAACCAGGAAAACCUGGAGUUCCUGGUAAAGACGGUUUGGACGGACUUCCUGGGAACGACGGAGCCAUGGGACCGAGGGGAGAACGGGGGACAGACGGGUUUCCUGGUAAAGGAGGACCAAAGGGCGACGACGGACCUCCAGGACCACGAGGACCUCCCGGAGAGAGAGGAUUGGCUGGUUCUCCUGGACAACCCGGUGUUGACGGAGCGAGAGGAGACAGAGGAGUCGGGGGAGAACGAGGCCUGCAAGGAUCCGCUGGUAUGAAGGGAGACAAGGGAGACCAGGGGGAUGUUGGAGAACGAGGACCACCUGGGAUUCCAGGAAAUGUUGCAGACGUCAUCCCUCAACCCGGGGAACCUGGAAAAACUGGAGAGAAGGGAGAGAAGGGCGAUCAAGGGAAUCCAGGAGAGAUGGGUUCCAGAGGUUUACCUGGAGAACAAGGUUUCAGGGGACAACCAGGGCCGCUGGGGCCGAAAGGAGAAACGGGACUUUCCGGAGAGACGGGUCGCGUUGGAGACCCGGGUCCACCGGGGGGCGCUGGUCUCCAGGGAGUCCGGGGUUUACCAGGAAACGUGGGAAUUCCAGGAAUCAUUGGACCUCCUGGUCCUGCUGGACAACGAGGGGACAAGGGCGAGGCUGGAAAACCUGGACAAUCUGGACCCCAAGGCCCGGCUGGAGAGCCCGGUUUGACUGGACCUGCAGGACCAACUGGGAAAGGAAAAGACGGACAAAACGGAGAUCCAGGACCUCAGGGGAUUCAAGGACCUCCAGGACUCAAGGGUCCUCCGGGGUCACAUGGUCAGCCCGGUUUACCGGGAGACCGCGGUUCUGCAGGAGAAGGGAAGAUGGGAUUACCGGGAACUGCAGGGAAACCAGGACAACCAGGACCAGUGGGUUUGAGAGGUCCUCCUGGAGUGGCUGGUCCUCAAGGCCCUGCAGGACACAACGGCCUCCCAGGACGACCGGGGGAGAAGGGAUCACCUGGAGAACCGGGAAAGGAAGCCGACAUUUCUAACGUCAAUCUGAAGGAUAUCUGCUCAGACUGUCCUGCCGGUCCUCCUGGACCUCCUGGACUUCCUGGAAUCCCAGGAGAUAAAGGACUGACGGGAUCGGCCGGGAAAAACGGCCAGGAUGGAUAUCCGGGCCCGGUUGGACUCCCUGGACCUCAAGGACCCGCUGGAGCUGACGGAACAAAGGGAGUUAAAGGAGAUCAAGGACCUCCUGGAAACUCUGGAGACAAGGGAGAUAAGGGCCACCCGGGGCCCCCUGGAAACCCAGGCCCUGCUGGACUCAUGGGAACCCCCGGAAACGAUGGACGUCCGGGGCCUCUGGGCCCCCCAGGCCCCCCCGGAGAAAAGGGCAAAGAAGGUCUGAAGGGAAUCCAGGGACCGCCGGGUCUUCCUGGUCUGGUAGGCCAGCCUGGAAAAAUGGGAAAAGACGGUCGACCAGGAGAACAGGGAGAAUCUGGCAAGCGAGGAGAACCUGGACCUCCGGGAAACCCUGGCCUCCGGGGACUCCCAGGUUUCAAAGGCCACCGAGGAGAACCAGGACCCCCCGGAGCUCAGGGAGGAGACGGAAAACCUGGAUCAGCGGGACACGAUGGUAAACCGGGGAAGGAGGGCCCUAAAGGACCUGCAGGUCCAGAAGGAAUCAUGGGACCACGAGGAGAACCGGGAAAACAGGGAGAACCAGGACCGUCGGGGAAAUCCGGUCUCCCUGGAACUCCGGGUCAGUGGGGGGACAAGGGAGAGCCCGGUAGUCCCGGGUUACCGGGAUUCAGCGGGCCCAAGGGCCCCGCGGGUCCACCAGGUCCUAGCGGACCGGAGGGUAAACAGGGAAUUCCAGGCAGACAAGGCGACCGCGGCCUCAAAGGAGAUAAGGGAACCGCAGGUACGAAGGGAGAUAAAGGACACGGUGGAGAGCCCGGUAUGCCCGGAAACCCCGGCCCCCCGGGCAGGAAGGGCCACACGGGGAUGAUGGGAAUGUCGGGGCCCCAAGGAGAGAUCGGCCCUACGGGGGCCCAAGGACCCUCCGGGAACCCGGGUCUGCCCGGCCCCAGGGGGGAGUCGGUGUCGCUGGAGCAGAUGAGGCGGCUCAUCCAGGAAGAACUGUCGAAACAAUUAGACGCCAAGAUGGCGUACCUCAUGUCCCAGAUCCAGCCCACUAGCGUGAAGAGCACGGCGGGCCGUCCGGGACCCCCGGGGCCUCAGGGUAAAGAGGGCAUGCCCGGACGAUCGGGGCCCCCCGGAGAGCCAGGCAUGCCCGGCCAGAACGGAGGAGAAGGACCGCGAGGACCGCUGGGGCCCAAGGGUGAGAAAGGAACGAGAGGAGAAAAAGGAGACGCUGGAAUCGGAGAACGAGGACUACAAGGUCCUUCUGGACCGAUAGGUCCGGCCGGACUCCCAGGUUACGGUAAAGACGGCAGCCCCGGCCAGGGCGGAGCCCAGGGCGAGCCGGGGAACCCGGGCCCCCACGGGCAGCCCGGCCCCCCGGGGCCCCCCGGCCAGUGCGACCCGUCCCAGUGCGCCUACUACGCUAGCCUGGCACAACGACCCCACACCAAGAACGUGAAGGGGACUUAACAACGGAGCGCUGGAAGUCUAUUUAUGAACUUACCAAACUCCAUCAAGAACUUUUACCUUUUCAAAGUAAAAUCAGUCUGGAAGGCUGAAACUAACGGUGCUGCCGGUCGGAUUCUUUUGUUUUGUUUUUGUGCUAGCGGGUUUGGGAGGAUUACGGAUUACACUACGUGGGAAGUUUCUCA